UUCGUCCGUAGAGGAGAAUCCCCUUUUGUCUUUCGGCUUUUUGGCCUGCCCUCCCGAUCACAUGUUUUCGGAACGUUUCCAAUGCCAUCCCUGUUGACAGUGCGAUCGCAUGCCCAUGACGAGGAGCGCACCGUUGUCUCGUUCGGCUCGUGGUGCCCAUUUUUCGGGACACUCGUGGUUCACUCUGCCCAUCUAAUGCGAAAUGCAAACGAGUAGAUGGGGAAGUUUCUUUGCCUUUACAUUGCCGGCUAGACAUGGCCAAACUCGAUUCAGCUCGGCCUGACCAAAUUUUCUCCCAAAAUAAAAGUUAGUAAUGGCCACUCGGUAUAGACAUUAGUUUGGCUCGUAAAGAAAUUAUUCUCUUGGCAUUUUGUCUUGACUAAACAUAAGCUUAGCAUACCUAAUUUGUCUUGGUAUAACAAAGCAUUCCGAGUAGGCUUUAGCUUGAGCUCGGAAAUUUUCGUUCCAGUCGAAUGGACUUUUUGCCAGCCGUGUCCAAAGUAAAGUGCUAUGCCAUCUUGUAUACUCAUUGUCAAAUUGAUCAGAAAAGGAGCAUUCGAGCAAAAAUAUGAUUUCUUGUUUCGAAAUCUAGAGACUCCUUCGACGUCCGACAUUUUAAAGUCGAUUAGGAAUCACAGCUGCCUAAUAAGAACUAGAGAACUGUGUGAAUUUGGAAAGAAUCAGACAAUUUCAUGCGAAUCGACUUUGGAAAUAUGCUAUCAUUCUUCAUCUUCAAUUCAAGCCCAUGGAUGCGUCGUCUAGCUUGGACCAGUUCUGCUGAGCUUGUUAGCAUUGGCCCAUGAUUUCAACCAGUGCUUCGAACAUGGCCGGGCCAUUCUCUGUUCUGCUCUGCUCUCUGCUCUCUCUCUCUCUUCCUCGUUUCCCGUUGGUUCGCUGCCACUCCGGUCCUCCACCAUGAAUCUCCUGAGAAUUCACCAUGACCGGACUUCCUUCCUCCUGCACCGCGCCGCCCCUCGUCGUCCCUCGCCUCCGUUUCCUCGGCCGUCCAGGUUGCGGUCCAGCCCCGCCUCUGUCUCCGUCUCCUCGCCCCUCUCCGCGGCCUGCUGCGGCUUCAGAGCUCGCGGCGUCUCGGAACGCGCCCCGCCGGCGUGCGGCGAUGGGAGGGGCGAGAGCUUCGGCGGCGUGGCCGUGGGGAUGGAGGAGGAGGAGGAGGACCUGUCGGUUGACGGGGUCGUGUAUCGGAACACGCUGAGACUGGUGGAAUGCUCCAUGUUCGCGGCGCUCUCGGGCUUGGUGUAUUUCCUCAGCAAUUCGCUCUCGAUUGAGAAUUACUUUGGUUGUUUCUUCGGAUUGCCAAUAGUGAUCUCCUCGAUGAGAUGGGGCAUUGCAGCUGGGAGGAAAACCAUGGUUGCCACAGCUGUGCUGUUACUUGUCCUCUCUGGUCCUCUGAAAGCAUUAACUUAUCUGCUUAUGCAUGGGAUACUUGGUUUCACAAUCGGUUCUUUAUGGAGGUUGGGAGCCAGUUGGGGUGCUUCAAUCUUCAUCUGCACACUUGUUCGGGCGCUGUGUGCCAUGGGUUAUGUUUUGAUAUCCUCAUUCUUAAUAAGGGAAAAUAUACUUGAUCUUAUCACCAUAAAUCUUCAUGCUUCCAUUUCCUUCUUGUUCACUGCUUCAGGCAUCAACACAGUUCCAUCAAUGAAUCUAAUAUAUGCGAUAUUUGGAAGCGUGCUUCUGCUGAACUCCAUAUUUCUAGUUUUCCUGCUACACCUACUGUACUCGGUGUUCCUUACAAGGCUUGGAAUGAGAACUUCGCUGAAGCUUCCAAGAUGGCUGGAGAAAGCAUUAUAGAGAUGUCACAUCUAUUUUUUUUUUUUGUUCGGGGCAAAUACAAUAACCGUCAUACAACAUCGAGGGGAACAGAUGCCAACUGCCAAGUACACAUCAUCUGAGCCCAACGCGCUUGCAAUCACCUCUACAAGCUGCAUCCUCUCCUCAUCCACUAUCGAUUGCCUCCACCAGGUUGGCGUUCUUGAAUACUGAAUACACGAUGCAUCCAUGUUGCCCCGGUGCCAGUACCUGGUGCAUUGAUUCGGAAAGAUGAGAAGAAAAUAUAUUGGCCAGUGGACUGGGCUUAAAGUUGCUGACCCUUCAAGUGAAGCAAGUGCAACAGUUUGGAUGCAUUAAUUUUGUCUGCAAACUCCUUUCCUGCAAUGCUAGGUAGGACCUCAAUUAUGAUCAAUAUUGUUCGAGACUCUUGACAAGCUGUUGAUAUCAUGUAUAAGUAAAAAAAAGUAUUCAUAGGUGUUAUAUAUCAUAGUCAGCUUUUGCGUUAGAAUUUUGAAACUCUCGAUUCUUAUUGGAUGGAUUCUUAUUGGAUGGCCUGUCCACUCGUUACUUUUAC